UAUAUCGUCUACACAUCCACUUUUGUGUUUGCCGUUUUAGUAUGUUAAGCAUGUCAAACUGUUUGGUAAAUAGAAUGUGAUGGAAUUAUAAACUUGUAUGAAUGUGCAAUAAUUGCACUUAACCUACCUGUCCUACCCUCUCUCAUGCAUCCUCAAUUCCAUCUAAAAAGCCUUUCACACCUCUAUUUAAGUACUCUCUCUCCCACCCUUCAUUCUUCUUCUCUAAAGACGUCCCAAAAUGAACUCUGCAACCACUUCUAUCUUAUUAGCUUUGUUACUCAUUUCACCAACUCUCUCUUCUGCCAUACCACCCCCCAGACAAACCAGCAAAAAACCAACCUAUGACCACCCCAGCAGCACCAACAGCAAGAAGGGAGGUGGUGGUGGAAACAAUGAUGAUGAAAUAGGAGGCUUCUUUGCGCCCGGAGACGGGUUCGAGAUACCAGGGUUUGGGGCUGACUGGGGCAAAGGAGUCAUAGGUGGUGGCUAUGGAGUUGGGUAUGGAGGUCCUGGUGGAGGGUACUCUGAAGGAGGGACCAUAAGGCCUACUGUAGUGUGCCAAGAAAAGGGUCCAUGUUACAAGAAAAAGCUGAGAUGCCCUGCUAAGUGUUUUACUUCAUUCAGCGGGUCUGGGAAGGGCUCCGGCUAUGGUGGAGGCGCUGGUGGCUGCACCAUGGACUGCACGAAGACAUGUACUGCAUAUUGUUAAGCUGAACUGAUGAGCAAGCAAGCAAUAAUAAAUCUACCUAUAAAUGGUUUUAAUAUAACUGCUAUUUUGCAUGUGUGCCAGUUAUAUAAUUUGUUGCUUUAUUUGGCUAAAACUACUGAACUUAUAUAUAGCUCAGUUCUGCUGCUACAUAAAUGACAUGCUAUGUUUAUGUGGGACCUCCAUAAAUUCAUGUAAUUUAUCAAAAAUGAAUUGUAAGAAAACUUUCUGGAGACUUCAGGUGUCAAACAAUGAAUUUACGGGCAUAAAGAUCUAUGUAUUCAAUAUAAUAAAAAUCAGCAGUUAUGUCUCCUAUCUAGUUUCUAGCCCUCACUCGGAAGCUUUUCAUCACUGUAAAUAUGGUUGUACAAAAAAAAAUAAAAAAAUACAAAUGGACACACAACAUAUACCAGGCUUUACAAGUGCUACUCUAAUUUUCUACCUGCACCUCUUAAUGGUCUGCAGAACAGUAAUAUGUAUUCGCCGGAACUAGCUUAGAUUGCAACUCUCAUGGCUCCCCAAGCAGCUUUGUGUUUCAUCUCUGCAGCUUUAUCACAGCAUCGGAAAUACACGAUCUCUUGCUCGGGUGGCGGUAUAAUCUCAGAGAUAAUUUGAGUUUAGAAAGAGGACCAGGAAAAGUAAGCGAAA